CGCAAAGUGGAUUAGUUAACUAACUAGUUAAAUCACGGGCGCUCGAAUGGUGGAAGCCGAUCUUAGUGCUCACCUUUCUGUCUCCGCACAGCCACGCCCGGCAUAGCAACGGUUUACGGACGGACAUUGAUCAACCCCGACCGACCCUGGACCCUGGACAGUGCACACGGGCACUAAUUGGAUAUUAUUUCUAUGUUUAGGGCGCUAGAGCAGGAUAUAUUGGGAGUGUCUCACAAGCGAAAGCCGCGUCUCACUCACUCUCAACUGUCUCGCAGCGGGGUUGCUUCCUUCUUCAUCUGUCUUUGUCGAGCUUACCCCGGCGACUGAUAUAACCAUCCACAUGUGCCCGACACACUUGCAACACGCUCAAACCGAGCUAAGGUUUUGAAUUGCGGUCGCGUUCGACAUGAAGCCGUUGGAAUUGAAGCUAAAGCCGGAAUUCCGCCGUUUCGCACCAAUGGCGCUGGCCGCCGUCCUCUUCUUUUGCACUCUGGUGCUCUUCUACGAGAUGAUGCCGACUCUGCACCAGACGAUUGGAAAACCGCCGGCCAGCAGCCAUGGUACUAAUCCCGGGCCAUCCGACGACUUCCAGCACACUGACCGGCGGUGCCACGCACUCCCGGACCCAGGGAACAUCCUGUUCAUCGUGAAAACAGGCGCGACGGAGAUCUACGAGAAGUUACCGACACAGCUGCUGACGACGCUCGGAUGCGCGCGGGACUUUUUGAUCUUCUCCGACCUCGAGGAGCAGAUCGGCCCGUACCAUAUCCUCGAUGCGCUGGCAGACUUCAACGCAACCAUGAAAGCCACACACGCCGACUUUGAGCUCUACCGGCAACAGCAGGCGUACCAGCGCGGCGGGCUUGACAUCGCCACGCUCAAGGACGACGGCAAGGCCGCCUGGACGCUGGACAAGUACAAGUUCCUGCAUAUGGUGGAGAAGACGUGGGCGCAGCGGCCACACAUGGACUGGUACGUCUUCAUCGAGAGCGACACGUACGUCGUGUGGACGAAUCUCGUUCUGUGGCUGCGGCAGUUCUCGCCGAAGGACAAGCUGUACAUGGGUUCGGCGUCCUUUGUCGCGAACCAGGCGUUCGGCCACGGCGGGAGCGGGUACGUCAUUUCGCGAGCGCUGAUGGAGGCGUUUGUGGGGAAGGAGCCGGGGAUGGCGGGUCGGUACGACGAUGUCAUUCCGGACGAGUGCUGUGGGGACUUUGUGCUGGGGCGCACCAUUAAGCAGGAGCUCGACGUGGGGGUCCGGAAUUUCUGGCCGCAGGUGAAUGGAGAGAAACCGGUGACGCUGGAGUUUGGGUCGAAGCAAUGGUGCCAGCCCAUGGUCACAAUGCAUCAUGUCAUGCCGCGGGAGCGCAGUGCCAUUUUCGAUUUCGAGCAGGCGCGCGACGAUGUAACGGUACCGCUUCUCUUCCGGGAACUCUCCGAGCUAUCCUUCCCAACCGGGAGGAUGCGCGUUCAGGAGGACGAUUGGGAUAACCUCGCCGAUGUGCUCGUGGAACUGGACAACCCCUCGAUGGAGGCCUGUCGCGACAAGUGUUUAAGUCAGGACGCCUGCUUCCAAUGGCGGUACAGCAAGGAGGAGUGCCACGUAUCGACCGAGUCAUUCAAACUAGGAACAAAACGGCUGCCGGAGUAUCACCGACGAUGGUUCUCAGGAUGGAACGUCGAGCGAAUCCAGAAAUGGCGCGAUUCGCAUCCCUGCGAGAAGCCGGCCUGGGUCAAGCCGCAUUAAUCUGUACGUACAUAGAUAACUGUAGCAUAUUAUAAUAACGAGCGAUUCACUUCAUGUCUAUGAAGCUGCCUA